UCGUCCCGCCCCGCCGGCACAGAAGCCACCAUGGCGGCAGAGCGGGACCGCGAGCGGGAGCUGCGCUUCUACCGACGGCUGCCCAAAGCGGAACUCCAUGCUCAUUUGAAUGGCUGUAUCAGCACUGCUACUAUGAAGAAACUCAUGGCCCAGAAGCCAAACCUUCAGAUCCAGAAUGGAAUGACUGUGAUUGACAAAGGAAAGAAAAGAACCUUAGAUGAAUGUUUUCAGAUGUUUCAGAUCAUCUAUCAGGUUACCACGAGGACUGAAGAUAUUUUACUGAUAACUAAAGAUGUCAUUAAAGAAUUUGCUGAUGAUGGUGUUAAGUAUCUGGAAUUGAGAAGCACUCCAAGAGAAGAAAAUGCCACAGGUAUGACCAAAAGAAUGUAUGUUGAAACUGUACUUGAGGGUAUAAAGCAGUGUCAAGAAGAAGGCUUGGAUAUAGAUGUAAGGCUGUUAAUAGCAAUAAACAGAAGAGAUGGCCCAGCAGUUGCUAAGCAGACUGUUAAACUUGCUGAAGAGUUCCUGCUUUCCAGUGAUGGGGUUGUAGUAGGACUUGACCUCAGUGGUGAUCCCACUGCAGGACAUGGUCAAGACUUUUUGGAACCACUCUCAGAAGCAAAAAAAGCAGGUCUAAAGCUAGCACUGCAUCUUUGUGAGAUUCCAAAUCAAGAAGAGGAGACCAGGAUUCUCCUGGGCCUGCCUCCUGACAGAAUUGGACAUGGAACAUUUCUCAACUCCCCAGCAGCAGGUUCUGAAGAGAUAGUGUCACUGGUUCAGCAGAAUCAUAUACCUAUUGAAUUUUGCAUGACAUCAAACAUAAAAUCUCAGACAGUGCCUUCCUGUGACAAACACCAUUUUGGAUACUGGUACAGCUUGGGCCAUCCUGCAGUGCUUUGUACUGAUGACAAAGGUGUCUUCGCCACUGACCUAUCACAAGAAUAUGAGCUGGUUGCAAAAACAUUUAAUCUGACUCGAUCACAGAUGUGGGAUCUUUCCUAUGAAUCAAUCAACUAUAUUUUUGCUUCAAAUGCAGUAAAAUCCAAGCUGAGGGAGCAAUGGUGUAAGCUGAAGCCAGCUCUGUUUGAUCAACCAGACUGUUGUCCUGAAUAGCUUGGGUGUAUUAGCUAAGUUAAUAAGCUUUUUUUACUGAAGUCCCCAGCUUUUUUCAGACCUCAGGGUUUUUAACCCAGCCAUAAACUGCCUGUAUGAAUUGAAAGCAACUGGAAUGCAUCCCUUGUAACUGGGGACAGAAGUAAAUGUUCUUUUGGUAGGUGAGAGGGGUUCUCAAGCAGUGACUAAAAUGCCAGAUGUGUUGUCACCUUGUUUCUAUUGAGUUGAGAUGACAUUUAAAAAAAUACUUAGUUGAAAUGUCAUCAUAAUAUAAAUAUUGAAGAGCUGGAACAAAAUAAAGGCAGAGCUAUUGGUGUUUAAAACAUCUCUGUUGGCAGCAUUCAGCCGAGCAGUUUGAAUGUGUGGUGUGUAUUUUCGGGGUUUGUAUUGUUUUCAGGUUUUGAGCUCUUGACUGAACGUGAAGACAGAAACCAACUCAGGGAGAACUAAAUAUUUAUACCAAGGAAUUAAUGUUGUAUCUGUUUUUGUUGCUGUACAUGUAUGACUAAAGCUGCUGUGGGUUGAGUAGCACGUGGGGGUCUCUGCUGGUGCCCUGGGCACUGGUGGUGUGUAGGCACUUAAGAAUCUUGAAUGCCUUCAGUAACGGAGCUACUUGGCAAAGUGGUCUCAUUCUUAAAAUGCUUUUUAGAAUUGCUGUUUGUUGUGUAAAAAAAGGAAUAAAAAUAGCCUCAAGCUCCAUGUUUUUGAAACCAC